AUGGACUCUUCUACUAUUGCAUCUAAAGGUAACAUGAAGAUUAAGUCUAGAAAAACCCCAAAGAAGAGGAAGACAAGGCUAGGUGGUGCGAGAGCAGAGCAAGGGCCGGUGUGGGCUGGUCAGCGCGCCACCGUGCUGCCCGGCGACCUCGUGCUCGGCGGCCUCGUUACGGUGCACGAUCGCGACGCGAUCGGCGCUGGAGGAGCGGGUUGCGGAGCUUUGCGGUUACGCGGCGUGCAGGUGCUGGAGGCCAUGAUGUUCGCGCUGGCAGCGGCCGGUCCGCCAGCGCCCGGCGUGCGCCUUGGUGCGCUCGUGCUCGACGACUGUGACACCGAUACGCGCGGCCUCGAGAUGGCGCUGGACUUUAUCAAAGGUUCCAUCGGAAACAUCAACGCCGAGCAGCGCGCCUGUAAUACGUCGGCGGGUGCAGCGGGCGACACGGGUGCGGGCGGGCGCCAGGUCAUCGCGGGCGUUGUGGGCGCAGCUUCCAGCGUUACCUCCGUACAAGUCGCCAAUCUUCUUCGGCUUUUCAAAAUCCCUCAGGUGUCGUUCUUCUCGACGUCCCCCGAGCUGUCGAACAAGGCUCGUUUUGAAUAUUUUAUGCGCACCAUCCCCUCGGACUCGCAUCAGGUGCGUGCGAUGGUCGAGAUCGCCAAGAAACUCGAGUGGCGCUACGUCUCCAUCAUCUACGAAGAAUCCAAUUACGGAACCAAGGCCUUCGAGGAUUUAGAGACAAUGUUGGCAAGAAACAGCAUCUGCAUAGCUGUGAAGGAGCGGCUCAUGAGGGAGUCGGGCGCGCCGCACGACAGCACCUACGACGCCCUUGUUCAGCGGCUGCUGGCGCGGCCACGCGCGCGCGGUGUGAUCGUGUUCGCGUGCGAGCGCGAGGUGGCGGGCCUGAUGGCAGCCGUGCGGCGGAACGGCGCGGGCGACUCCUUCAGAUGGCUAGGUUCCGACUGCUGGGCCGGGGGCGAACUGCUCGCCGCUGGCAACGAGCGCGCCGUCGAGGGUGCCAUCGGCGUGCAGCUGCAGGCCAAGCCCGUGCGCGGUUUUCGUGAAUACUUCCUCAAUCUCACCGUAGAAAACAAUCCAAGGAAUCCCUGGUUUGUAGAAUUCUGGGAAGAGCAGUUUGGGUGCCGCUACCCCGGGGCGCCGCGCACGUCGUUCGCUUCGCGGGCCGAGCGGCGCUGCUCGGGCGCCGAGCGACUGCCAGCCGACACGCCGCUAGAGGGCCGGCUGCAGUUUGUGGCGGACGCGGUGUUCGCUUUCGUGCACGCCGUGCGCGACAUGCACCGCGCGCUGUGCGGAGGCCGGCCCGGGCUGUGCGCGCGCAUGCGCCCCCUCAGCGGCCCGCUGCUGCUGCGCUACCUGCGCCGGGUGCGCUUCACGGGGUUAAGCGGUGAUGAGUUCCACUUCGAUGUGAACGGCGACGGCCCCGCGCGCUACGACAUCCUGCACUACCGGUGGACGGCGCGCGGCGGCUAUCGAUGGCUCAAGGUUGGGCAGUACCUCGACGGCGAUCUGCAUCUCGAUUUGGACGAGAUCCAGUCGAGGGCGGCAUCGGUGUGCAGCGCGGAGUGCGCGCAGGGCCAGGCCAGGCGGUACGCGGCCGGCGACUCCUGCUGCUGGCACUGCUACAACUGCUCGCAGUACGAGAUCCGGUCGCCGGUGUCGGAGACGGCGUGCGCGCAGUGCCCGCUGGGCACGUUGCCGGACGCGGCGCGCACACACUGCUCGCCCGUGCCCGCGCGCGCCCUGCGCCCCGCGCACCCCGCGCUCGCCACAGCGCUGGUCUGCUCCGCGCUGGGCGCGCUACUCACCGCGGCGGUGGGUGCGCUGUGGGCGCUACGAGGCGACACGCCGGUGGUGCGCGCCAGCGGCCGCGAGCUGAGCCUGGUGCUGCUGGCCGGCAUCCUCAUGUGCUACCUGCUCCCGUUCGCGUUCGCGCUGCGCCCCACCGACGGCGUGUGCGCGCUGCAGCGGUUCGGCAGCGCGCUGUGCUUCACUGUGGUGUACGCGGCGCUGCUCACCAACACCAACCGCAUCGCUCGCAUCUUCUCCGCCCCGCGCCGCUCCGCGCGCCGCCCGCCGCUCAUCUCGCCGCGCUCGCAGCUCCUCAUCUGCGCCCUCCUCGUCUCCGUGCAGGUGGCGUUGGUGUCGGUGUGGCAGGCGGCGGCGCCGGCGCGCGCGGUGCACCACUACCCCACGCGCGCGCACAACCUGCUCGUGUGCGACUCCUACGUGGACGCGUCCUACGCGCUCGCCUUCCUCUACCCCGUGCUGCUCAUCGCCGUGUGCACCGUGCACGCCGUGCUCACGCGCAACAUCCCCGAGGCCUUCAACGAGAGCAAACACAUCGGUUUCGCGAUGUACACGACGUGCGUGAUCUGGUUCGCGUUCGUACCGCUGCACUUGGGCACGGCGAACCGCGUACCGAUGCGCGUCACCAGCCUGGCCCUCACCAUCUCGCUCAGCGCCAGCGUCACGCUCGCCUGCCUCUUUGCGCCGAAGGUAUACAUUAUAUUGGUGCGGCCGGAGCGCAACGUGCGCGCCAGCCUAAUGCCGACGCGCUGGAGGGCGCGGGGCGCGGCUGGCGGCGCGGCGGGAGGCGCAGUGUGCGCGGCGCUGGUGGGCGCGGCGCCUCUGCCCGGUUCCGCCUCGCCACCACCGCCCCGACACCCUUCCACUGAUUUUUCUACUGAAGUAAACAGGAAAUCGACAUCGACCGAACGACACGUACAAACGGAGGAACCGAGGUGGGAGCGGGCGGGCGGCGGGCUGCCGCUGGACCCGCGCCGACUGGCCGGACUGGCAGCCGGGCUGCCCGCCUUCACUCUCGCGCCCGGAGCGCUGCGCAGACGCGGCGUGCGAGAUGCUGCACCGCUGUAG